AUGGACGAUCAACAGAUCAUCGUUAUAUUAGUGAUUAUAAAAGCUAUAAUUCUUGGAUUAGUGUGUGUUGCAUCAUGUUUAUAUGCAAUACCACUCAUUUUCAUUCCACGUUUUCAUAAUCCUCUUCAUCUAUUAACACUUAAUGUAUGUGUUGCUGCAUUUAUGUGUGCUGCAUUUUGUGGAAUUUAUUUCAUAAUGACUACAUUUUAUUUUGAUGUAUUUUUGACUGAAGCAUCAUGCUUACCAAUCAUCUUCACACAAACAACAGUUGUUUGUCAAGUACUUUAUGCUUUAUGUAUGGUCUCAUUAAAUCGAUUAUUUAUUGUUGUCUAUAGAAACAAAGUCUUUUUUCAAAACAAAAUUUGGAUCGCUAUAUGCAUUAGUACUCAAUGGAUAUUUGUAACAUUAAUAGCUUUACCAACACUUCGUUCAAGUCUUUGGCAUUGUUUAGUAUCAGGUCUUGAACUUAAUUAUCAAAUAUAUGUGUUGAUCAUUAUUGGAGUAAUACCAGCAAUAUUAUUGAUUAUAACUAAUGGCAUUAUUUUUAUUUCUGCUCGUAAAUCAACACAACGUGUUCAGCCAAUGAAUGGAGAUAGAACAACAACUUCUAGUUUUACUCAACGAGAUGUUCGUUUAUUAAAACAUAUGGUUUUUAUAUUUGCAGUAUUUUUUUGUGGUUGGGUACCAAUGUUUAUUAUAGCAGUAAUAGAUUAUAAUGAUGAUGCUAUACCUUAUGUUGUACUUCAUGGUCUUCAAAUAUUACCAUGUUUGAGUUUAUUGACUGAUAUUAUCGAUUUAUUCAUAUAUAAUCAUGAACUACGAAGAUAUUUGACCAGACAAAGUCAAAAUGAAGUAAUCAAUAUUCGUACAAAAUAA